CACACACACACACACAUAAGCACACUCCCGCUCUCUCUUGUCAGCAUGUCCCUGGAAGCAGCCAAACUGUCGGUUACCGCUGCACACACAUGCUCGCUUUCAGCUCGGCUCUCUCUUUAGUCGCGGCCAAGGGAGGAGGAGGGGGAGAAGGAGGAGUAGGAGGAGGAUGAGGAGGAAGGGAAAAGAAAUAGUGAGGCUGAAAGGAACAGACUGAAACACAUAGAUAGAGAAGAGAAAGAGAGAGACUUGGACCAACCUCUGGCUGCUUACCUCUCGCCACUGCCUUGGCUGACUGUGUGAGACACUGGAUGCAGCCCGACAAGUGAUGCCUCACACCCUCUGGAGCAGCACAUAGUCAGGACUUUCUUCAGCUUUCUCUAUCUAUAUUUCCCCCUCUCCGUGUUAAAAUGAUGAGGAGAGACCGUCUCUUCUUGGCUGCGACCCUCACAGCCAUCUUCUCCGCUGACCUCUACUUUAUCCUCCUGCCAAAGCUGCGGAGCGUGGGGCAAGGAUCGGGACACUUUUGCUCAUGCGGCCCCAGAAAUCUAACCCUUCCCAGGCACGGGGGUCUCGCCACCCCCCAACUCUACAACUGGACUUCGGUGCCGCCCCUGGAUGGCACCACAUCUGAACCCACAGAUGGGGGCUCAAAGCUGGGGAGGCUGUUUGCUCACCCUCUGUACAACAUCCAGACUCCGGUGCUGGGGCCGGAGGAGAGGCUGCUGCAGGGGGAGCAGCUGAUGGAGUACUACAGGAGGAAGGUGUCACGCUGGGAAAGACAUAUGAAACUCUACAGUGAGGCAGCGGCCCUGUCCAACAUCACUGUGAACGAACAUGAAGUGACCUUUGACCCCGACGCCAGCUGGCUGAAGUUCCACCUGGGAAUAAGCCGCUACGCUCUGUACUCCCGCGAUGACCCCGCUAUCCCACAACUACUCAAGGAGAUGCAGAGCAUGACAGUCGUCAGCGCAGAUUACACUCAAGAUGAGAAGGCCCUUAAAGGAGCAUGUGAUUGUACCCAAGUUGUGAAGCCCAGUGGACACCACCUGAAACUGGCUCUGAAGAUGCAAAACUUUGCUAAAGCCAUGUUCAAACCAAUGAGGCAGCAGAGGGACGAGGAGACUCCAGAAGACGUCUUCUACUUUGUCGAUUUCCAGAGGCACAAUGCAGAGAUUGCUGCCUUUCACCUGGACAGGAUCCUGGAUUUCCGGAGAGUCCCGCCGGUGGCUGGCAGGCUGGUGAACCUCACAGGAGAAGUCCUCCAAGUCACACACAACGAAGACCUACGAGCCGUUUUCUUCACCUCACCAGCAAAUAACACAUGUUUCUUCGCCAAGUGCCUGUAUGUGUGUAAGACGGAAUACGCCGUGUGCGGGAGCCCCGACCUGCUGGAGGGCUCCCUGUCUGCCUACCUGCCCGGCCUCAGCAUCGCUCCCCGCAUCUCCAUCCCCAACCCCUGGAUACGCUCCUACACCUUCACUGGACGAGAAGAGUGGGAAGUGAAUCCCUUCUUCUGUGACACCAUAAAGCAGCUGUAUCCCUAUAACUCAGGCAACAGGCUCCUCAACAUCAUAGACAUGUCCAUCUUCGACUUCCUUACGAGCAACAUGGACAGGCAUCACUAUGAGAUUUUUACCAAAUUUGGGGAUGAAGGCUUCCUCCUCCACUUGGACAAUGCCCGAGGGUUUGGGAAGCACUCUCAAGAUGAGAUUUCCAUUCUGGCUCCGCUAUCUCAGUGCUGCAUGAUAAAGCGCUCCACUCUGUUGCGGCUCCAGCUCCUGGCCCAACCUGAGUUCAGGCUGAGCGAUGUGAUGAGGGAGUCCCUGGAGGGAGACCCCUUACAGCCGAUCCUUACGGACCCCCACCUCUUAGCACUGGACCGUAGGUUACAGAAGGUCCUCCGAGUGGUCCAGCGCUGCGUCCGGCGGCUGGGUGAGGACGAGGUGAUCACUAAGGACUUUGUCAAAUCAUCAGCGAAACCUCAGACUGCCACAGAGACGAAACAGGUCAGGUAACAGAGGAAACAAGGGUCCUGGUUCCUCCUCAUUGCUGCUCUUUGUAUCGCAGAGGACUUCAUGAUGAAGCACAGUCAAAUCGUGAGCAAAUAAGGCUCAGACAGUUUAAGAAGAAGCCAUAAAUGGACACACUGUGAAAUCUUCAGAGCAGCUUGUCAGAGACAGAAGUAAUUGCUUUGUGGAGGUUCAGAACUUGAAUCACUGCAGGCAUCAAAUUCCCAUCACAGAGAAAGCCAUUACUUUUUAUUUCCUUUUGUUUCUCUCAUGGUCAUAAAUUCCCCCAAGGGUACAUUUUAUGCCCUUUCAUAAAGUCAUAAAAUGGAAGUAAAUUAAGACCUUUUAAGGAACAAUUAAAGACCAAUUUCACCUGGAAAAUUAGCUGGGAGAGUAAAAACAAAGUAGCAACAGUAGAAUAUUUCACUGAUACAUGAGGCCAUAGGCGCUCUCUCACUGUCACAUUCAGCAAUGGAAUAAUUAUUUAUAUGAGAGCUGUGAUGCACUGGAUCAGUCAAAUAAAUGAAUAUAUUGAA